CCAGCCCGGGCCCCCUCCCCGGGGCGGGCAGGCUCCGAGACCCGCCCCGGCCCGCGCCCCAUGGAGAACUUCCAGAAGGUGGAGAAGAUCGGCGAGGGCACCUACGGGGUUGUCUACAAGGCCAGGAACAAAGUCACCGGCGAGGUGGUGGCGCUGAAGAAAAUCCGCCUGGAUACAGAGACGGAGGGCGUCCCCAGCACGGCCAUCCGGGAGAUCUCCCUGCUCAAGGAGCUGAAUCACUCCAACAUCGUCAAGCUGCUGGACGUGAUCCACAGAGAGAACAAGCUCUAUCUGGUCUUCGAGUUCCUGCACCAGGACCUGAAGAAGUUCAUGGAUGCGUCCUCCAUCAGCGGCAUCCCUCUGCCCCUCAUCAAGAGUUAUCUGUUCCAGCUGCUGCAGGGCCUGGCCUUCUGCCACUCCCACCGGGUGCUGCAUCGCGACCUCAAGCCCCAGAACCUGCUCAUCAAUGCCGAGGGAGCCAUCAAGCUGGCAGACUUUGGGCUGGCGCGGGCGUUUGGCGUGCCGGUGCGAACCUACACCCAUGAGGUGGUGACUCUCUGGUACCGGGCCCCUGAAAUCCUGCUCGGCUGCAAGUACUACUCGACGGCUGUGGAUAUCUGGAGCCUGGGCUGCAUCUUUGCCGAGAUGAUCACCAGGCGAGCCCUGUUCCCUGGAGACUCGGAAAUUGACCAGCUCUUCCGCAUCUUCCGGACGCUGGGCACCCCGGACGAGGCCGUGUGGCCGGGGGUCACUUCCAUGCCCGAUUACAAGCCCAGCUUCCCCAAAUGGGCCAGGCAGGACUUCAGCAAGGUGGUGCCCCCCCUGGACGAGGAGGGGAGGAAGCUCUUGGCUCAAAUGCUGCACUACGACCCCAACAAGCGGAUUUCGGCCAAGUCAGCGCUGAACCAUCCCUUCUUCCAGGACGUCACCAAGGCCGUCCCUCAUCUGCGCUUGUGAAGUGGCUUCGGGGAGGGGGUCAGCCCAGCCAGGACUCUGCUGCCUCCACGCUGGUGCUGUCUGGCCUGUGCCUGUAUCUGGAUCUGUCUCCUGGGGUUGGUCCUGCCCCGGGGGUCCUGUGACUCAUCCUGUCCCUGCGGACUUGCACUUAGCCCCCCGACCAUGGGGAUGCUGGAUGGGGGGUGUGGGGACCCCCCACCGCCCAGCCCAGCCCCCACUGCCCUGGCUGGAGCUCCUAGUCUGUGGCUUUGAUGCUCCCUGGAGGGCUUGGAUUUCAGCACCAGCAAUGGGACAUUGCUCGCUGCAGCUGGGAGUGCCCGCCCUCCCCCCCUCAGCUGCCCUGAUUGAGCCCCAUCUCUCAUCUCCCUCGGCAUGCCCCCCCCAGCCUCUUCAGUGGAGCCCCCCGAAUUCCUGCUCCAACACAGGAUGAACGCCCCUGGAGCCUGCACGCCUCCUCGAUGGGUGGAAGGCAGGGAGGGUCUGGCUGGAGAACCAUCCUCUCCUACCAGCGAGACUGGUUCAAACUAGAUACGCUCACUGGCCCCGGUGAACUCACCCGCUGCCUCUUCCCUGGCCAGCACCCUGGUGUCUGCUACACCAGGGCCUCGAACCGCAGCUGGCGCUGCUGGCGAUUCCUGUUCCUGCUGCGGAUCAGCUGCCUGAAUCCCCAGCUGCUCUUUGGGUUGGGGGGGCCCAUGCAUCCCCAACCGCUCAGGAAACAUGCGUUGUAAGGGCUGAUCCUGCAGCGUGUUGGGCCCGCUCAGCUCCCCUCCUUCCCUGGCAGGAUCUGACCCUAAGCAGGGAUUCUGCUCACUUAGCAUCCCCCCAUGUCCCAUGGGCAGACAGAAGUGUUUUGACCGACGAGGCCCGAGACCCUCGCACGUCCGACGCUGGCGUCCUCCUCCCCACGGGAGCGUCUCACCAUGUGUGACCUGAUGCAUGUGGCUUCUGCAGGGAAGCAGGUUCCUCAUCCGCUCUGGGGAGAAUCUGCACCCACAGGAGGGGGUUUGCUCUAAAGGCUUCACCCUGCGCCGGGUGGUGGAGCAGGCACCCAGCAGCUGAAACUGAUCCUUGCUGCUGGCUCUUCUCCUGGCCUCCCCGCAAGAUGCCCCCUGAUUCUCUGCUCCCUGAAGGGCUUUGAAAGUAAAGGACUUUGGUCCCGAAAGGAACCCCAGCCUGAGGGUGCUGCAGUCUCCUCUGACAGAUUCUCCAUCAUUGGCCGCUCGUUCUGUGGCACUGCCUAUGGGCAAGCUCACUGCAAGGGGACAGCGCCUCGGUGGGUGUCGAUCAGUGGGGUUCCACUGACUUGUCAAUGGUGCAAUGGCAGCUUAAGCCAGGUACGGAUCUGACCCCACAAUCUGACAUACACCCCACUAGAACAGGUGCCAGCCGGGCUCUUCCCCACGUGCUCUGGAGGGCUGGCUCCCGGAGGGGUGGGAUUCCUUGUCACUUUCCUUUGGCUCAGAUCUUUCCAUGCCAGAGGCGCUUCAGCCUGUGGAAAGGCUGGCUCCGGCACGUGGGGCCAGAUCCCCAGCAGGGCGAUGCGUAUUUACACCAGCUGAGGAUCUGGCCUGUGAAAUUGGUACUUGCACCCAAUCUGCGAUUUUAAUUCGCCUCCUUUCCUGUGGAUGUCCCUGCCACCCUGGUGUCUGUGUUUCCCUGGAAGGUCCGAUUUGGCCACCCAGCAACGAAUCUGAUUUUAAAUCCACAAAGAACGGCCCAAACCUGGGGAAGCAGGGGCAGCUCAAGGCUGGUGGGGGGGAUGCUGCUGUUUCUGGGUUGGAGCACUCUUCCACAUGGAUUGCCCUGCAGGAUGGGGAAGGGUGUUCGAAAGUAUCCCCCGUCACCCAGCCCUCGGUGGCAGCCAGAUACUCAGGUGCAGUGCAGAUGGGGUGUUGGAAUGGACAGGAAGGCGCCGAUCGAGCUCACUGGGGGCAGCUGUUGCUGGGGGCAGCUGUCCGCCAGCGUAACGGGAUCAGUUCUGGAUGCGUUGGUGAUGUUUCCCUACAAACAGCCCCAGUUGUAACAGCCUAGAACUUCCCAUGGUGCGGAUGGUGGGCUGCUCUCACCCGCCCACUGCCAAGCUCUUGGGGUCUGCUUAAAGGGGAGAUGGGGGAGGGGGAAAUCCAUGUCUAAACCAAAAGUGAUCAGUUGACAAUAGAUGAAUAGACUAUUUAAAAACAGACUUGGUGCAUUUUAUAGUAAUACAUUUUAUAUUUAAGGGUUGUUUAUAAAAGUAUUUUAGAGGUACAAAUUAAUAUUCCAGGAGAAGAAUGAUCAUUAAGGGAAGCUCAUAAGCCAUAUGGGCCUUGUCCAGGUGAGGGGUAAAAGUCCGACUGGUUCUGUUCCUAGCACAGCUAUUUUGAGCUCUUGGAUCUUGAGUUUCUUUCGAGCAGAAGGGUUGUGUCGUUUCCUUCCACAGCUGACUAGCUGUUUUUCUCAACUCAGUUGCCUAAAGAAAAAUGUAGGGUUAGGACAGCAACGUAAAGUGCCUAAUGGGGGCCAGUUUGAGGAGGGAGGGGAAAUUGAGUCUCCAAGUUGCUGGGUACAGAAGGCGGAAGAGAAUUCCCCCAAAACAUUGCUCCUGCCAACUCAUGAUGAAAACAGAGGGAAGGCGAGACAGAUGGGGGUUAAUAGCUAUAAUGACACGAUAUUUGGGAGCAUGAAUAUAUUUUUUGGACUGCAGCAAAUAGGGCAAUAUUUAUAAGGCUGGGUUAGUUUUAAAGCAGCGCUCUAGAUUUGUAUAAAGUUUGUUGCAAAAACUCCAUGGUGCUUGUCUAAGUGAAUAUUUUUAACAAACAAACCCUCAAAUAUAUUUGUCAUCCUUGAUUUUUGUAAUUCUUUGUAGACUGUUGUUUCUUACCAAAUGUUAAUAUUAUGGGAUUGGUUUAUAAAUCAUUAAAAAUAUUCUUAGUUUUAA